GUCAGGAUGUGAGUGAUAUUUGGAUGUCAUGGAACUCUCUCAACUCGACGCUCUCUCUCAUCGCAUGCAUCGUCGUAGGCAUUGAUUGCAGUAAGACACACACAUGCCAUGCAGCCAUGUAGGUAGGUAUGCAGUAAGCACGAGUGAGCCAAAAAUGAUCAGACAGUAUACCCCGUUAACAACAAACAUAAAAACAGUCACAAUCGGUGUGUCUUGGUUGGUUUGGUCGGUCGGUCGACACCCCGUGUCCGCCCUGCCACCCGCCCACUGGUGCGGAUGGAUGGAUGGAUGUACCCAUCGUCGUGAGACAGACACCCUGAGCGUAAAAACUCUCUGCGAUAGGUACGAUACGACAGGCGCGCACAGAAAACAACUGCAAUGUCGUUCGUGUCGUGCAGCCGUCCCGUCCAUCGGUCCCCCCAGCCACCCAGCCAUCCACCCACCCACCCAGCCCCUCGUCUGCACUAGCCACUGAGUGAAUGAAUUACCAGACAGAUGGGACGCACGGACGGGCGGGCAGGCGGACUAGGCACACGAGGCGGUGGUGGAACGUUCCGUGUGAGAGAAAGUGUGCGAAAAGGGCACCACAGUGAGUGAGUGAUUCACAUCAUAGUGCGCGGGCAUGCACCAUGCAAUAGAGGAUCCAAGGCAGAGGGGGAGAGCCAGGCAAACACGCAAACAGGCAGGCAUGCAGGCAGACAGGCGUGAAUUGGCCAUCCACAGCAAAGCAAACGAAAGGACACGAGACGAGCACGCGACGAGUGCGUUGGUCAGCAAGGAAUGCAAUCGAGACGGAAAAAGCCGGCCGCAUGGCAUGCACUCGAUCAUCCAAUCCAUUCAUUAGCUACCAUGUCUCUCCGUACACAAUGGUCGCGCCACAGGGAGCGUGAUGUGAUGACACACACCACGCACAGACAGACAGACGUGUGCGUGUGUGAGCAACACCCUCCCCGCGCGGCAACCGUACCGAGACACACCGUAGACAGACACACCGUAGACAGACAGACAGGCACAGAGAGAGAGAAUGAGUCGAACUGAAUAAGCCAACCAUUCACACGCACAUCGUGGAUGGACAUACACACCAAUCGAUCGGCCCUCCCUCCCUCUGUCUCUCAUCAACCAUUCAUUCAGUCAGGCAGAGGACGUCAGCCAUUUGGGGGAAGGCGCCCAGUUUUAGCUCCUCCCCCCGCCCAUACGGUGUCGCUUCUCUCGAGGCAUCAUUCUACGCGAACAGGCAGGCAGGCAGGCAGGCAGAAAAGGCGAGCCGCUCAUCUUAUGAUCGGAUCAUGCAUAAGGUCAGUACACGUGCACGGGAAAGAGUGAGUGGCGGCGCAAGGCAACCCAGAGAUGACAUGACUGACGCAGAGAGAGCGAGAGAGAUGCAUGGGACAACUUCCAGGCAGGUAGGCAGAGAAGACCAUCACAGCAGUGGAGUGUGCACAAAAGCAAAUCAGCCAGCCAGCCAUCCAGCCAGCCCCGGUCGGUAUGUGAGUAGGUACGGAUGCGUCCCUCCCUCCCUGUAAGUGAACGGCAGAUCGGUGGAUCAAUUGAGUCACCUGCUGAGCGAGUGAGAAACAGCCCACCCAUCUCACUGCUCCCACUCACCAUAGGGAAACCACACACAGAGGACGUCAGGCGAGCCAGAAUCACUGCUGCAGCAACCAGAGCGGACGGACAGACAGGCGGUGGUUCACAGAGAGACGACAAGACACAGGGCACCAGUAGGGAAGGGGAUGGCAGAGAGACACAUCUCCGGCCAUCCCAUGACUGCAAAAACUUGCAUAUGGUUUGUGCGUGUGUGUGUAUGAGCAGACGGUGUGCUUGUGUGGCGCUGGUGGGGGGUGGUGGUGGACGAACGGCUCGACGACGAUUCAACAAAUGACACACACAAGACACACCGGCACUCACACACACAAUCCAGGCGCACCACAGGUGAGACCACCACGCAUGGCAAGCCGGCAUGUGCAACUAACGACCCUCGCUCACUCAGACCGCCUCCUCUCCCUCUCCCUUUCUCCCUCUCCCCCUCCCGAUGGAUGGAUUGUAUCAUUGCGGCGCAUGAGGCAAAAAUAGGACGCAAGCCGUGCAGGAGAGAGACAAAUACGCCCUCAUGCACUCAUGCACCCAGCAGGCAGGCAGGCAGGCAGCGACGAGGAGGUUUGCACCUAGUGAACAAGUAGGGUACGAAGGAGAGGAGGGUCGCUGGUUCAUCCAUCGUCACACCCGCACGCACAGCAACAAUGCAGCAAAGCAUGAUGCAAAAAUGCGUCACGUAUUCGCUAAGUUGCUCGCUGACUUGUUCAGCUACCCUCCAUCCAUCCAUCCGUCACCAAGCUCAUAAACCUGCCGUCAUUCCGUCCGUCCGUCCGUGGGUCCGUGUGCCCACUCCCGUGGGCUAUUGACAGGUAUGCACGCACAACAGGCACCGAAGAGGAGCGGAAGGGACUGGAGAGAGAGGUUAGCGAUAGAUCCAUCCAGACGGAUCGAUUCAUUCAACACACAUACAGAGAGAGUGCGAUCAGACAGAUUGAAUGAGAGAGAGAGCGACAAAGAGAAGAGAGGGGAGAGAAGAGUAGACGACACGAAGCAAGCACACAGACGGCUAUGCAUGUCAUUAAGCACCAGCAGCAAGCCCCCGCCCACAAGCAGAGAGACACGAUACAGGUCGGUUUGCCGGUCAGCCAGUCAGCCACGGACGGAUACGAAAAUAAAAAAAUGCAGCCACACUCUCACUCACCCACCGUGCAAUGCGAUCGAUCGACAUGGACCCACCCACCCACACGGCAGCCACACGUGCAGCAGCAUCACCCGUGCACAUGAUGUCCCUCCCACCCAGCAAGCCAGCCAGCAUCGGAGAAGUGAGUCCAGUACACACCACACAGCGAACGUACGUAUGCAUUCCACUGGGGUAGGUAUCGAUGUAUGGAUGUAUGUGUGUGUGUGUGGGUCCAUGACAUGAUGGUAUGUGUGUUUGUGCGUGUGCAUGGGUGCAGUGCAAUCCAUCAAAACUGCGCCCCACACACCCAACCACAGCCACAGCCACACAUCGGGUCGGGCCCAUCCAGGUAGGUUUGAGCAGUGCGAUGUGUGCGUUGCCCUCCAGCAAGGCACAACACAUAAGCGAGAGAGAAGAGGUGCGGGCGCUGUCAGUCAGUGGUGUGCGGCCGUGUUGCGUCGGUCCGUCGGCCUGUCUGUCCUUGUGUCUCCUCCAGUGCUUCGAGGAGGACUAAAUUACGCUCGCACCGCUCACAACCACUCUGGCCAGCCACACACAGCCCCCAUAGGCAGCUAGUCGAUACACAAAACCCCCACCAUGGCAUGGCCUCUGUCAAUUGGUGGGGGGGCGACACCACACACGCAUGGAAAGACACACACACACUCGCACAUCCCACCCUAAACAUCCCUCCCAUUUCACACCAUCGUCAUUAACUCCCACACGCAAAACCACCCACCCAUCCACCCACCCAUGCACCUCCCUCCCUCCCUCCCUCCCCCUCUCGGCUCGUCGAUUGUUGUGCGAUCACCAGACAGCAGCCCGGUAUAGGCCCCCGCCAGCCCCCUUCUUGUAGGGCAGAAAUGGCGACCCGAGUCCGUCCCAGCUGCCCACCCCAGCCCCCUCAUCGCCCGACGACGUGGCUGUGGAGGGCGUCUUGGGGGAUCCCCCGCCCUCCCUCACAGGCACUCCAUGCCACACCUGGCCGCGCGAGGGCGUGGGCAGCAGCGGGCCGUCGUCCACAUCCCACGACGCCACACGGUCACCGUACUGCACGAACGGGUGAGGCGUGCCCGUGUGUGGGUGUGUGUGAGGGGUGGGGGUGGUCUGGCCGGGGAUGAUGAUGGUGAGGUUGCGGCAGGGGGCCGCGGCGGCCGACGACGACCUGGGAAGCUCGAGUGUGAGUGGCGCUGGGUGUGUGGUGGGGUGGCUGGCCGGCGGGGGAGCGUUUCGUGCCGUCCAGUGGUUGUAGGUGAUGUUGCGGAUGUCCUGUGGAACAUCCGGAGGGAAGAACGCGUCGUCAGGCACAUCCACCGUCACCGCAUUGGCCUGACGAACGCAUUCAUGGAUGGAUGGAUGGAUGGACGGAAGGAUGACACACAUUGAUACAGGUGCAGGUCGUGUCAUUGAUUGAUGUGACGUACCCGUGCUGUGAGUGGUGUGAGUGGUUCCAUUCCCGGUAGGGGAACGUAGUUGGUGGGGUGGAUGGUGACCUUGUUGUCCCUGCUCUUGUACACGCGACACACCUCGUCCAUCGGAGGGUGGGUCAGGAACGAACUCAACUUGAUGUGGCCAAACGCUGUCGGAACUAUCGUACGCCGGAACCUAACAAAGCCCAUACACACACAACACGACGACAUACAUAGAUACAUGUUCCAGACAGACCUCCUUGCCCGUGCCCUGUCUGUGUCUUGACUGACUGACUGACUGACUUGGCAGAGAAUCGUCGUUUGAAUUGCGAGAGUAGUAUGCCCUGCGGGAAGUCCUUAAGCAGGCUGCUGAUGCACUCCUUGACCAACUCGACAUCCUUCAGGCACGCCGCCCCGCCGCCCUUGCCACCGCGGCCAUCGCACUCGUCCGCCAGGCCAUCGCUGGUGGCGGUGGUGGUGGUCGUCGUGGUUGUGGUGUUGGGUGGGAACCCUGGCGAGGUGGGUGUGGUGGGGGAGGGGGGCUGGGCCUGUGUGCGUGGGGUGACCUCGAGGACGGCGGACGCAAUGCCCUUGCAGGCGGCGACCGGCUGGAGGAUGUUGUUCUCGUAGGCCAGGAGGCCCUUGGUGAUGGCCAGCUGCACUAUGUGGCACAUCUCACCCAACGUCCACUCACUGAACGGCCCAACCGACACACACGCACACACACAUACCAGAACAGACACAGGUGUGUUGCUGGGCCCAUGUGUUUCCCCCUGCCUUUGUUGGCUGCUUACUUGGUCCAGUGGAGUGACCUCUUCUUGAGUUCCAUGGCCAUUCCGUAUCUGCCGCCUUUGAACUGGUAGGCGAACUCACCCGUGGCCUCGCCACCCCUGCCGCAGCCGCCCUCCCGCAUGAGCACACAGAGGUAGUCGGACAGCUGCCGCCACACCCGCUCGGGGUAGGGGUUGACACUCGAUUUCGGGUCCACCCAGCCCCUGAAGCCACAGGGGAUGUGCUGGCUCCGCAAAUACACACGCGUGGACGGCGACGGGGAGGGAAAGGGCCGCACGCCAGACGAUGGGCUGUCGCGUGUGGCGGCGGUGUUGUCGUGUGGUGCGGGGGUGACUUCGUAGACGGCAGGCAUGAGGGAGUAGAGGGCGACGAAGUGCUUCUCCACCACUGGCGGCGCCUGCAGCUCCUGAAGACGCCGCUCGAUGUCACAGAAGAACGGAUGGAUCUGAUCGAUGGGCGGGUGGGGUGGGCAAGCACGUCACACACAGAGAGAGACAGAGACAGCGCCAAACAUGAGACUCCAAUCCGAAAGCUUCAUCGUUGGUCGAUCUGUCUUUCCGCCUGCUUGCCGUCCUGCCUGCCUGCCUGUCCCUCCCUCCCUCCCUCCCUCCCUCCAUCUGUCUCCCCGUCUGCCUGUCUGUGUGAUCACUGCCUGAUCUGACCAGGUGCCUUCUCCCUCCCUGUUUGUCUGCCUGAGUGUCUGUCUCACCUGGUCUUCGUAUAGCGAUGUCAGUGCAUAGAGGAGCAGGGCCUGGUGCGUCACGGCCGUCUCGUGUGUCACGGGCUCACUCGAUGAUGCGGCCGACACGGGCGACGUCCCGGCUGACGACGGAGGGCAGGCAGUCGACACCGAGGAAGAUGCCAACAUGUCGCCAUUCUGGUUGGCGGCGAGGGGCAGAGUGGCGUCGAGGGCGCAGCAGGGCGACAUCGAGGGUGCCUCAGGGUGGUCCAGCAUGUGCUGUGCUUGGAGGAAGGAUUAACACACCGCCUGCCUGCCUGCUGGGCCGCGGAGAGAGGAGAUCCGCCACCUCUCCUCUACAGAAAACCGCCUGGAAGACGUCGCAGAGGACACGCACGUCGAAAACAAGGGUGAAAGACUGACCGCC